AAAGAAAACUCGGACGUGGAACAACCCUGAUCGUCCAGAUUCGAUGCCAACAUGUCGGUCUCCACGGUAACAGACUCGUACCCGUCCGUCAGCUGGUCGGGGGUCUCCGUGACCCCGGCAGGUACGAACGCCACAUUCUGGGAGCGCGACGCCGUGCUGGCGGCAGCCGAGGUGGUGGUGCUGACGGUGAUCCUGGUGAUGGCGUUGCUAGGUAACGGGCUGGUGCUGGUGGUGCUGCUGAGGCGGAGACGACACCACAACCCGCUGCACCAGUUCAUGCUCAACCUCUGCGUGGCCGACCUGGUGGUGGCGCUGUUCCAGGUGUUGCCGCAGCUGGUGUGGGACGCUAAAGGCCGCUUUGCCGGCCCGGACUUCCUGUGUCGCCUGGUGAAAUACCUGCAGGUCCUCGGGAUGUUUGCCUCCUCCUACAUGAUCGUAGCCAUGACGAUGGACCGGCACUACGCCAUCUGCUGCCCCCUGCAGGCGCACCGCAGCGGGGCCACGCAGCGCUGGAACAGCUUCAUCCUGCUGGCCUGGGGCCUGUCGCUGCUGCUCAGCCUGCCACAGGUGUUCAUCUUCUCUCGUUCAGAAGUGGCUCCGGGUGUCUACGAGUGUUGGGGGAACUUCGCCGAGUCCUGGGGCCUCAAGGCCUACGUGACCUGGAUGACCGUGGCCGUCUUCAUCCUCCCCGUCCUCGUCAUCACCGUCUGCCAGGUGCGAAUCUUUAAGGAGAUCCACACGAAUCUGUACUUGAAAUCAGAGCGCCGCCUGUCCCCCGCCUCCCUGCCCCCCUCCAGACGGGACAGCCAGAGAGGAGGAGUAGGAGGAGGAGGAGGCGGCAGAGGGAGGUCCAGUCUCUCUCUGUAUGUUUCACCGCUCGUGUUCAACAACCCCGGGAGUGACACCAGCUUUGACCCUGGAUCCAUCUAUCAGCACCUGCCCAUGGGUCCACUCAGGUCCCACAGCAUCCCGUCACACUGUGACAUUCACACCUACACCGCUGUCCACCCAGCUGAGCUGCAGCCUGACGUGCUGCCAGGCCCUGCAGCGCCCCCUGCUGUCUGCUGCCCACCGCCCAAAGCCCCCGCAGCCCGGGGCGGGGAGGUUUCAGCGGCGAUGUCUAAGACAGUGAGAAUGACGCUGGUCAUCGUGCUCGUCUACUCGCUCUGCUGGGCCCCGUUCUUCAGUGUCCAGCUGUGGGCCGCCUGGGACCCCAACCCACCACAGAACGGUGCAGUGUUCACCCUGCUGAUGCUUCUGGCCAGUCUGAACUCCUGCACCAACCCCUGGAUCUACUCGGCCUUCUCCAGCAGCGUCUCUCCGGAGCUCCGACUGCUGCUGCUCUGCCGCAGCGCCUCGCAGCGUCGGGGCUCCUUACCGAGCGACUCCACCACCACACACACAUCCAACUACUGAACAACACAACGACAGUUACAUGCAGAAACACUGAAAUAAAUGCAAGUCUGCAUCUCUUACUCUCUGUAGUAGCAUUUUCUACAACAUUGAGUUUUCCACAUUGUUAGAAAAUAGCUUGGCAUUUUGGGAAAUACACUUACUUGCGUU